CUCGGGCAGUAGAAGCCGCUCUCUGUGUUCAGAAUUUGUCUUAUAUUUCAGCUCCAUCUAAACAUUUGGAUUUCAGCCAACCUAAAUGAGUUUCAGGGGUGACAGCGAUGAUGACGACAGCUGCAGUAAACGAAGAGUCGCGUAUGUUUACGGUCCGGAGUACAUCCAGACCUGCGACACUUUAUCCAAAGUGCCAAACCGGGCGAGUAUGGUCCACUCACUGAUAGAAGCCUAUGGACUGCUUCAACACAUGAGCAUUGUCAAACCCCACGUGGCCACUAUAGAGGAAAUGGCCAAAUUCCACACUGAUUCCUACCUGGAGCAUCUCCACAAGAUCAGCCAGGACGGAGACAACGAUGACCCCCAGUCGGCUGACUACGGCCUGGGCUAUGACUGUCCAGUGGUCGAGGGCAUAUUUGACUAUGCAGCAGGAGUGGGGGGUGCUACGCUGACGGCAGCUCAGACUCUGUUGGACCAAAAGUGUGACGUGGCCAUCAACUGGGCAGGAGGGUGGCACCACGCCAAGAAGGAUGAGGCUUCAGGCUUCUGUUACGUGAACGAUGCCGUGCUGGGAAUCCUCAGACUGAGAGAGAAAUACGAAAGAGUCCUUUAUGUGGACGUUGACCUGCAUCAUGGAGACGGUGUUGAAGAUGCCUUCAGCUUCACAUCCAAAGUUAUGACCGUUUCACUGCACAAGUUCUCGCCCGGGUUCUUCCCAGGUACGGGUGACCUGUGUGACACCGGGCUGGGUAAAGGCCGCUGGUACGCUGUGAACGUCCCGCUGGAGGACGGCAUCAAGGACGACAGAUACUACCAGGUUUUUACCAGCGUCCUGCAGGAGGUGCGGGCACAGUUCAACCCGGAGGCGAUAGUGAUGCAGCUGGGUGCCGACACAAUGGCGGGUGACCCUAUGUGCUCCUUCAACAUGACCCCUGUUGGGGUGGGCAAGUGUCUGCAGUAUGUCCUGCAGUGGCAGCUACCUACACUCCUGCUGGGCGGAGGAGGUUAUAACCUGGCUAACACAGCUCGGUGUUGGACCUACCUGACAGCAGAAGUGCUGGGAAAGACUCUCUCCUCUGAAAUACCUGACCAUGAGUUUUUUACAGAAUACGGACCAGACUACUCGCUGGAGAUCAGUCCGAGCUGUAGACCAGACCGCAACGACACCAAACACCUGGACCAGGUCAUCAGCACCAUCAAAGGGAAUUUAAAGAAUGUGGUUUAGGACUCAGGAGCCUCAACCUCCUCCACCCCCCCCCCCCCCCCCCCCCC